GUAUGCUCUCAAAGCACUCAACCGAGAGGUAACGGAAGGACCAAAUCCAGGAGAAACACAUUUGAACUGCCUCAGACAAACGGGUGAAAGAAACCGUCGACGGAAGUUAGUUAACUUAAAUCGGUGUUUUUUUUUUCACCUCUCUCGUAAUGAGAUACGAAUAAAGUCCACUUCUGCUUGGUGCCUCAUGACAGAUACUGAACAGGUUUUUUUCAGUCAAAAAAACAAGGAAAAACAAGCUCUCUUGACGACCAAGAUAUGACGAAACAAGAUAUACGGCAAUGCUUUAUGUGUUAAUGGCUGAAAUGAAGAUUACAUUGGGCAAAAUUAAUGGUAGUUUUAUGUCUUCCAAACCCUGAUGCUGCAAAGGGGUCAAAAUUAAUAAUAAUAUUCCACUCAAGCAGUCCUGUGGUCGGUGGACCACAAGUAUGGACCCCUGGCAAAAUCUGGUGUCCAGAUGUUCGGCAUGGUGGCAGAUGCAUACGCCUCAUGCUCUGAGAGCUUGUGUGUACGAAGUGUGUAAACCUCUGGUGCCACUUCUGCUGUGCAUCGCGGCCCUGGUGGCUGUGAUUGUGUAUGCUCUGGCAGAUAAUCUACACAGCUUUGUAAGCAGGAUCUUCAUUCCCCAGUAUCACUAUCCUUACGCGGUGCCGCUUGCAUUCAUACAGGUGUUUCUAAAUCUCCUGGCACUGCUAGCUUUGCAUGGCAUGGGUCUGAUCCACCUCAAGCCAUUUUCACUGAGGCUGGGUGAGCGUCUGUUUGUGCCUGCGGUCUGUGGGAGCGUCCAGUGCAUUCUGGGCAUAUGGGCUGAAGCCUUUUCCCACUCUGGCUUGUACCCGAUAAUCGCCCGCUUCCUCCCAGUGGUCAGUCUGAGCUUGGGUCACCUGUUUGCACUGAGUAUGCCAGGCUCCAUCCAUGUCUCCUCCCUUUUGACUGUGCUCACUGUUGCCUCAGUCACCGUUACAGGAUGUAAAGGACUUCAUGUGAUAGAGCCUCUGGAGUACGUCUACUCUCCCCUUAACCUUGUCCUUCACAGCCUCUCUCUAGCCUGGUUAGCAAAAGUCUCCCAAACGGAGCGAGGCCAUGCUUCAACCUUUGACCUUUACUACACUCUGACAGUGACACGUACCCUCUUGUUAGGGUUCCUGUGUGUAUUGCACCCUGAUGGACCAAAGGCAAUAAUGUAUGGCAACUGGCACAGUCUGCUGUUUCUGGGAUAUAUGCUCGGGAUGUUACUGCUGGGGGCUGUGCAGCUUCUCUUUGUGGAUGUAACAGCACUGUAUUUUUCUGCUCUCCCAGCAGCCAUGCUGCAUGCGACCAGAGGGCUGGUUCUGCCCCUGUUCAGUCUGCUAUAGGACAUACGGACCAAUCAGAGUGUAGAUCAUUCUGAAGAGGAACCGUUUAUGUAGAGUAACCAAUAAAAUACAUGAUUGAUGACAACAGUAUUAAAUCCAAAUUUAUAGGCAUUUUAACUUCAUGUUUAGAUCAUUAUAAUGAAUUAAUAUGGUAAUGCUACCAGUUAGCACUGAUGUGCGACUCUUUCUUCACUUGCACUGAAACUACGACACAACUAUAACAUGUGAUAUUUUUUGUACAGACUAUAUUAUUAUUAUUAUUUCUCCGCUGGAAGUUCCGAGAAAGAAAAAUAUAUAUAUUUUGCAUUAAGAAAAUUAAGCCUUUUUUAGGACCUUUAAGGUUUGCAAUGUAAUUUUGCUGAUAGUUCAUAAAUAAACUACAAUUUAAUAGCGCCAAAUCACCAAUCAUUCUAAUUAAUUAUACUAAACUAAAUAAACUAUUCUAAUAUUUUAACUUAUGGCUUUAUUAUAUGCUUUUAUUUUUAAAAAAUCAUAAAAAUCGAGAUACAUGCGCUUAAUCUUAACUGUCAAGAAUCCAACUACAAAAUACAAAAGUAAUGAACUUUAAAGGUCAUUAAUUAAUUUUUAUUGCAAUAUAUAUAUAUAUAUAUAUAUUUUAUUUUAUUUUUGGGUGAAAUAUGAUCCUAGCAUGUUCUUGACAAGCUAUGUGAGAGUCACCUAAGUAUGCAAUUCCUUAUAACCUUAAACAAGAGGAGCCCUUCACUGCAUGGUUUCUGGAAAUAUAAGCUAUAAAGAGAUAUAAACUGCCACAUAAUGAUAAGAGACUAUUACAGCAGUAAUAUAUUAUUUAAAUAGAAAACCUGUGACUCAUGUAUUUAUUUAGCUCCUAAUAUACAGUACAAACUACAGUAUUAUUGUUAAUGUUUGGAGAAAAUAAAACAUAUUGAUGAGGUUUUCUCCUCAAACUA